UGCCAGCAUACUAGUACGUGCCCUUGAUUGUCACCACGAAAGUACAGCUGAUGUUGAUGUUUACUUAUUUAUCAUGGCGUUAAUAAUUUCCUGAAUUUUGGCUUAUGGCGGACUUAGAAGCAUACUUGUAGCAGUUUUAUUGUUUGCCGAAGAUAAAUAAAAGAGAAUGUGGGUCAGACUUGAAGAGGUCCUUAUUGCGAAUGCUCUAUGGAUAACAGAACGAGCAAAUCCAUUCUUCGUCAUGCAAAGGCGUAAGGGUCAUGGAGGUGGUGGAUUUACGUCUUUGUUUAUUGGUACAUUGGACACGGUUCUUGACACAAAGCCAGCACCGUACCGAAUACUUCAUCAAACACCAAAUUCAGAAGUUAGCUACACUGUGGCUGCUGCAAUGAACAAGCGAGACAUUCAAGAACAGUGGGAGUGGUUGGAACAAAACAUCAUGGUCACUUUAGGUGCGUUUGAUGCAGAUGAUGAUGUCACUAAUUACGUGAAAUGCAAGAUUGAAAGCCUAGUCGCCAACCUUGAAACUCUUGAGGUUGACGAAAGCCAUAGAGAAGAUGAGGACAGUAAAUCCUUUAAAUCAGCAUGUGAAAAAUGGAGGCGGUUGUUCACUGUGUCAGAAGAUGAAAAAUUAGUUAAUUAUUACUCAUGUAGUUAUUGGAAAGGCAAGAUGCCGCAUCGAGGCUGGCUUUACCUCAGCGUAAAUCACAUGUGUUUUUACUCAUUCCUCAUGGGUACAGAGAGCCGACUCCAGAUCAGGUGGACAGAUGUGACCCGCUUAGAGCGUAGCAACUCGGUUUUGUUUUCGGACAGCAUCAAAGUUUCAACCCGUAGCACAAAUUAUAUCUUCUCCAUGUUCAUCAGUCCACAAGAAGCUCAUAGGCUAAUGGAGCAGCUAGCAAACUUAGCGAUGACACAACUACUCUCUGAGGAAGGGUUUGAGGAAGACCACAGUCUGCCAAAUAGGGUCCAAAAGAAAAAGUCAGCUUCCAGCCUCAAGCGGGAUCUAGAUGCAAGAGCCAGGAGUGAAGCCUAUAGACAAGUAUUUCGCCUGCCGGUUUCAGAAAAGUUGGAUGGUGACACGGAGUGUGUGCUAUGGACACCUUACAAUAAGACCCACGUCGGUGGGAAAUUAUACAUAUCAAAAAACUACAUGUGCUUCUCAAGUCGGGUAAAAGAUCUUGCCAGAGUUGUUAUACCAAUGAGAGAAAUAUCUGUUGUCGAGAAAGUUGAGAAUUCAUCGCUAAUCCACAAUGGAAUUCAUAUAACCACUAAGGGGAAGAUGACGAUUCUAUUAGCUUCUCUGAAAGAUCGUGAUUUUCUUGUCCAGCUCAUCUCAGAUUUUCUUUCUAAGUGUAGUGAGAAUACAAGGUCCAGUGCUGGUGAUAAUGUUUCUGUUAGUUCGUCUGGUAGUGAGAGCUUACAAGAGGCUGAGACCAAGAGCCUAACACAGCUCAGUGCUAGUCUAGGCAGCAUGGGUAGUACUUCCAUUGCUAGACCAGAGUCUGGUGAAAUGUCUGUUUAUUUUCUAACACUUGGUAUUGAAGAGUUUUCAAACUCUAAAGAUGACAAGAGUGGUGAUAUGAAGCUGCCAUUGCAAUUACAACCAGCGUUGAUCACAGUGUUCAACGACAGGAGUGAAGAUGGUGUUUCCCCAAAGGAAAAAGUCAAGGAACACUUAUGGAGUGUACAUUUUAAGGAAUAUGGAAGGGGUAUAUGUAUGUACAGGACAAUAGAAACACACAAAUUAAUUAUCAAGGGCAUUCCUGAGAGUCUUAAAGGAGAAAUAUGGAUGUUGUUCUCUGGAGCUAUCAAUGAGAUGGCUACCCAUCCUGGUUAUUAUCUAUCACUUGUGGAACAGAGUUUAGGAAAAGAAAAUAUAGCAACAGAAGAGAUUGAGCGUGACUUGCAUCGGUCGCUACCUGAGCAUCCAGCAUUUCAGUCUGAGUUAGGGAUUGCUGCUUUGAGACGUGUCUUAACAGCGUAUGCCUUCAGGAACCCAACAAUAGGCUACUGUCAGGCAAUGAACAUUGUGACAUCUGUCUUGCUUCUUUAUGCAAAUGAGGAAGAAGCAUUUUGGUUGCUAGUGGCGAUCUGUGAACGGCUUCUUCCUGACUACUACAACACACGUGUGGUUGGAGCUCUGAUUGAUCAAGGUGUGUUUGAGAGAUUAACCAAAGAAUAUUUACCGCAACUAUAUGAUCAAAUGAAGGACUUGGGAAUACUGAGUAUGAUAUCACUCUCAUGGUUUUUGACAAUAUUUUUGAGUGUGAUGCCAUUUGACAGUGCUGUCAACAUUAUUGACUGUUUUUUCUUCGAUGGUGCCAAGAUCAUCUUCCAGAUUGCUCUAGCUGUUUUGGAUGCGAACAGCGAGAAGCUUAUCGAUUGUACAGAUGAUGGUCAAGCCAUGACUAUCCUCAGUCGUUAUCUUGAGAAUGUUUACAAUCAUGAUGCAACCUUACAACAGUCGCACGAAGAACGACAGGAGGAAGAAAUGAAACAACAACAUAGCAAUGACAUCACAGAUCUGAUCGACGAGUCAUACAUAAAUUUUGGAUUUCUAACAAAUGAUAUGAUUGAGAAGAUGCGUCUUAAUCAGAGGUUAAAGGUUGUGCAGGAAUUAGAAGACUCGGCACGCAGGACGGUGGUUCGUAGCUUGACUCCUGAAUCAUGUUUUAGCCAAAGGGAGCUUGAAGAGCUUUACCUGUUAUUUAAGGUAUUUAAAAUGAUAUAAUGCUCAAAAUAGUAU